GGACAAAGUGCCCGGUCUGGCUUGGUGCUGGAGGAUACCAAUUUCAUGAUGUUCCCCUUUUUUCUUGCUCUCAGGAUGGGAGCCUGCAGUGUCCCACCUGCAAAACCAUCUAUGGGGUGAAGACAGGGACACAGCCCCCAGGGAAGAUGGAGUAUCACAUCAUCCCUCACGCGCUGCCUGGCCACUCUGACUGCAAAACCAUCCGCAUCAUCUACAACAUUCCCCCAGGGGUGCAGGGACCGGAGCAUCCAAACCCUGGGAAGAGCUUCACCGCCCGCGGCUUCCCCCGGCACUGCUACCUGCCGGACAGUGAGAAGGGCAGAAAGGUACUGAAGUUGCUGCUGGUAGCCUGGGACCGGCGCUUGAUCUUCGCCAUUGGGACCUCCAGCACCACAGGCGAGUCAGAUACGGUGAUCUGGAACGAGAUCCACCACAAGACAGAGUUUGGUUCCAACCUCACCGGCCACGGCUACCCCGACAUCAACUACCUGGACAAUGUCCUGGCUGAGCUUGCAGCCCAGGGCAUCACGGAGGAGAGCCUGGUGCAGGAGAAGGACUGA